AUGAACUCCAAAUGUCAAAAUAUUGAACUGAAUGAUGGCCACUUCAUACCUGUGCUGGGCUUUGGAACUGCUGUACCUGAAGAGUUUCCCAAAAGUAAGAUUAAGGAGAUCAUCAAAAUAGCUAUAGAUGUUGGCUUCCGUCAUUUUGAUUCUGCUUCUGUUUAUAAAACUGAAGAUUAUGUGGGAGAGGUCAUCCGAAGCAAGAUUGCUGAUGGCACUGUGAGGAGAGAAGAUAUAUUUCUGACAUCCAAGGUUUGGUGUAAUUGUCUUCGCCCAGAACUGGUGAGAUCUUCCUUGGAACAGUCAUUGAAGAAAUUUCAGUUGGACUAUGUGGACCUUUACCUCAUGCAUUUCCCAGUGGCCCUGAAACCAGGAGAAGAUUUCCCAGUAGAUGAACAUGGAAAAUUAAUAUUUGACACAGUGGAUCUCUGUGCCACAUGGGAAGCCUUGGAGAAGUGUAAGGAUGCAGGACUGACCAAGUCCAUCGGAGUGUCCAACUUUAGCCACAGGCAGCUGGAGAUGAUCCUGAACAAGCCAGGGCUCAAAUACAAGCCUGUGUGUAAUGAGGUAGAAUGCCAUCCUUAUCUCAACCAAAUGAAACUUCUUGAUUUCUGCAAGUCAAAUAAUAUUGUACUGGUUGCCUAUGGUGUCCUGGGAACACAACGAUAUACAGGAUGGGUGGACCCGAGCUCCCCUGUUCUCUUGGAUGAACCAGUUCUUCAUUCCAUGGCAAAGAAAUACAAUCAAACUCCAGCCUUGAUUGCCCUUCGCUACCAGUUACAGCGUGGGCUUGUGGCCCUCAGUAGCACUCUCACAGAAAAGCGAGUCAAAGAGAACAUCCAGGCUUUUGAAUUCCAGUUGAGUCCAAAGGAUAUGAAAGUACUUGAUGGCCUAAACAGAAAUCUGCGAUACGUGGCUGCACCGAUGUUUGAGGGCCACCCUAAUUUUCCAUUUUCUGAUGAAUACUAA